AUGCCAGUGAUAAGAAAGAAAAUGAGAGAAAAUGUGACGGGAUCUGCCUCAAAACAGUUUAACUCAACUGGUUCAGGUUUAAGUCUUUAGCAUUUAAAUUCUUAGCAGUAUAACACUAAUUUGGAUAGCAACACUUUAAGAAAUCAUAAUAUUAUCUAAAAGAUAAAAAGUUCGGGGUCUCUUGAAGGUUCCGGUGAAGGUACCAAGUCACCAGGUUCAAUAGAAAAGAGAAGAAAUAUGAAUAGUUCUCCAGCUGAUUCAUUCUUGAAAGUUUCAUAAACCUCUAGAAUAGAUCCUGAAAGUGGAAAAUUAAUUUUUGACAAAGGAAAAAGUGGAGGUGCGGAUAAGGGAAGUUUAGGUCAAGAGAUUUAAGUUUAGCCCAGAGAAUAGAUGUGCAAGACUGCUAGAACUUAGUUUUAAAUAGAGAAAAAUAUUAUUGACUAAACACUGAAAAAGGUAAAACCAUUUGAUUUCAAUGGGAAUAUAGCUGAGAAAAUAGGAUCUUAAAAGCCACUAAUAGCUAUUUAGCAAAAGAAUAAUGAAUUGUUGUAAUAAAAAUACUAGAUGCUUAAGCCUUAAACUCUAAAACCAGAAGCCUUCAACAUUGAGGAUUCAGGAAAGAAAAGCAUGAAGGCUGAGAAAGUUUAUUUUGAAAUUGAUAGCUCUCCUGAAUAGAGUAUUGCAAAACCAACAAAGGAACAAUCGAUAAGAAGACUAGAGGAUCGACUAAAUUUAAUGAGAAUUAAGAGUUCUAAUGAUGACUAAAAGCAAAAUAAUAAUUCUUAAUUUGGACACAGUAGCAUGAUUCUUGAUCAUUAGACAAAUCAAAUAAUAAACGAAAAAGACUACUAAAUGUAUAUGAAUGAACUAUCUGUACUAGAUACUAAAAAUAGUAAACAGCAAAUUUAAAAGAUCGAGGGUAUUAGUGAAAAGUUUAAACUAGUUAUAAAAAUACUCAGAAAACUUUCUAUUUCAAUAUCUGGCUUGAGGCCAUUAUUAGAAAUUGUUCUUAAAUUUGUAUAAAGAGCGUGUCUCGUGCCCUUUGAUGAUGUUCCAUCAGUAAUAUACUAGUAAUUAACAGGAAAAGACAAACAGUAUGCUGAAGAUAAUACGAAAAACUAUUUAAGGAAUUAUGUUUAAGACUAAAACGAUUCCAAGCAAAACUUAGACCAUUAAAUCAAUAUAUUGAAUUAAGAAAUAAAGAUCAGAGAUGACAUGAUAUCGAGGAUGGAAAAUUCUAAUUUGAUUAAAGAGAAGAAUUAGCUUCUAUUCAAAGUGGAGGAGUUAAAAGGAGAAAUUCAAUAAUUUUCUGUUAAAUAUGAAAGAUCCUAUGAUGAGCUAUUGAAGAGUCAGAAGCUACUUAUAUAUACUCAGAAUGAAAAGGAUAGAUAAGACGUAAAACUAGCUCAUUAUAAAAAUAAAAUUAAUGGACUUAAGGAUAAAAUGCAAAGAGAAUGCAUUGACAAUAAGAAUUUCAUUACAAUUGUUGAUAAGUACAAGGCUAUUAUAAAAAGUCUAGAAAAGUAGGUGAAAGAUGAAAACUAGUAAAAGCUAAUGAUUUUGAGAAACAGCUAGCACCCUUAGAUUGAGGAAUUGACUCCGAGGUACAGGAAAUUUGAGUAGGCUUUUGAAUAGUUUGGAUUAGAAAAGUAGUAUGAAUAUGUGAAAGAUGCAAGUAGCAAUUAAAAAAUUGAAAAAUUGCUAAAAUUCAGUCAUGAUUAUCUGAGAGUACUUGAAAAAGAUAAGUAAAACUUGUAAAACAAAAUUAAGGUCAUGAUGAAAUGA